CUGGCACAAGGACACUGACCAAACCAGUUACAGACCGGACUGGACCCUGGACUCGGGAGCGAAAGUUGGACAUAAUAAACCUGCUAAACCUGCUUCUGGACAUGGUACUAAAACGGAGUUCUUGCUGAGAGUUUCAGUUACACAGAAACCAUGGUUCGACUGACUCUGGAUUUAAUUGCCAAAAACAGCAAUCUUAAACCCCGAAAAGAAGAAACCAUCACACAAUGUCUGAAGAAAAUAACGCACAUAAAUUUUUCAGACAGAAAUAUAGAUUCAGUUGACGACCUCUCUCCCUGCAAAAACCUGAGCGUUUUAUAUUUAUAUGAUAACCGCAUUAGCGCCGUCACCAACCUGAACUAUUGCACGAAUCUGACCCACUUGUACCUGCAGAACAAUUGCAUUUCCUACAUCGAGAACCUCAGGUCCCUGAAGAGACUGGAGAAGCUGUACCUGGGAGGCAAUUACAUUGCAGUUGUAGAAGGUUUGGAAGGACUGGAAGAACUGAGAGAGCUGCAUGUUGAAAGCCAGAGGCUUCCCCUGGGAGAAAAGCUUCUGUUUGACCCCAGGACUCUCCGUUCUCUGGCAAAAUCCCUCUCUGUUUUGAAUAUCAGCAACAAUAAUAUCGAUGACAUAAAAGACUUAGAGAUGCUGGAGAAUCUGAACCACCUGAUCGCCGUUGACAACCAGCUGAUGCACGUGAAGGCUUAGUCAAGAUGGCUUUGGAGCCCAGCACCUGAAUAUUAGCUUCUUUCCUUGUGUAUCUUCUGCACCCAAGGUCUCUGAUAUGGCUUCAAGUUUACCACUCCUUUUGCCCUAACCUCCUGGUAAAUGCUGUGCCUUGGGGAAGACGUCUCUCAUGCCGUGCGUAAGGUCACCGACUUCCACGCAAAGGGUUGUCAGCAGCAGACAGCUCU